AUGGUGUCAUGUGAAACAGAUGGAACAGAACUCAUAGUGGCGAACAACUGCAAAGAAAGUGUAUGGCCCGCAAUUCUCGGCAAUGGAGGACACCCUUCACCAAAACAUGGCGGGUUUUAUCUUGGAAGCGGCGAAGAGGUUGUUGUCCAAGUCCCUGAAGGUUGGUCAGGGAGAAUCUGGGGCAGACAAGGGUGUUACUUCGACCAACAAACAGGCAAAGGUUAUUGUCAAACAGGAGAUUGUGGAGGGCUAUUGCAAUGCAAUGGUAUCGGUGGAGUCCCUCCAGCAACCCUAGUAGAAAUGACCCUUGGAACCUCAAAAUCAGCGUUGCAUUUCUAUGAUGUUAGUUUGGCUGAUGGGUUUAACCUUCCAGUGUCAAUGAAGCCAGUGAGUGGUAGUGGUGCAGGUUGUGGUGUUGCUGGCUGUGAAGCUAACUUGAACGUUUAUUGCCCUUCAGCUUUGGUUGUGGAGAGAAAUGGGAAGGUUGUGGGGUGCAAGAGUGCUUGUUUGGCAGCAAAGUCAGAUAGGUAUUGCUGCACUGGUGAGUUUGCUGGAAGAUGCAAGCCAACUGUGUUUGCUCGUCUCUUCAAGACCGUUUGCCCUAAUGCUUAUAGUUAUGCUUUUGAUGAUUCAUCAGUCCUCAAGACUUGUGUGGCACCUCGCUAUGUCAUUACAUUUUGCCCUCCACAUUGAUCAUUUCUCUGUGCUGUUUU